CCCUUCUCCAAGAGAAGUUAAAUCUGAGUCUGGAAAAUGUUGAUGCCCAAGGCUAAUCGCGUCGCUAUCUACGAGCACCUGUUCAAGGAGGGAGUUAUGGUUGCUGAGAGGAAUACCAAGGCUCCUAAGCACCCAGAGCUUGAGACCAUUCCUAACCUUCAGGUGAUCAAGGCUCUGACCAGCCUCAAGUCCAAGGGGCACGUUAAGGAACAGUUUGCCUGGAGGCACUUCUACUGGUACCUCACCGAGUCUGGUAUCCAGUAUCUCCGAGACUACCUCCACCUGCCCACGGAGAUUGUCCCCGCCACCAUGAAGAGACAAGCUCCCAAAGACGCUAGACCCGCCAGAUCAGCUGCUCCCCGGCGCGAGGCCAAGGAAGGAGAGGGAGACCGUGCUGCUUACAGAAGAGCAGCUGGAGAGGGAGCUGAUAAGGCUGCCGACGCCGGACCAGGAGCUGCUCCCAUGGAGUUCCGUGGCGGAUACGGCAGGGGUAAACCCGCUCAGUAAACUCUGGAUUCUUGACAAACCACCAUCUUUAUCUGAGUUUAAUUCGACACUGUUUCAGA